AUUAAACUCAAUAUAAACCCCUGCAGACUCCCAACCAAAUUUAACACUUCAAGGCUCAAAUGGAGUAAACAAUCCUCUCCCUAGUAAGCUUUAAGAAGCAGCUGCUUGCUUUCUCCUAGAAACCCAUCUUUUCCAUUCGCCUCAAAAUCAACCACAUUUUCCUACUUAACUGUUCUAGAAAUAGAAAACUCAAGCCUCCUUUUUAACUCGAUUGAAAGUUGAAAGAACAAUGUACAACGACAGAAUACAAACCCUUUCUUCAUGAAAACAUCUAAAUCCUAAUCUCUGUUCUAUUUCUGCAAAGAAAAAACAAAAGAACGGACUAGUUUCCGCUGUUGCAUCCAAUCAAAAACAAAUCAGUUUCUCAUGGAUGCCUUCAACACAUCUAUGCCUUUACCUUUCUCCUACACAUUCACUAUCACAAGCGGUAGCUGCAAUACUAGCACCCACACUAAUCCUUGGAUGGACGUUAGGAUAUGGAGUAAAUUACCAGAAAGGCUGCUCGAUCGAGUGAUUGCAUUUCUUCCACCACCUGCCUUUUUCCGAGCUCGUUCCGUAUGCAAGAGGUGGUACGGACUCUUGUAUUGCAGCAGCUUCCUGGAAUUAUAUAUGCAAAUAUCACCAAGCCACCAUUGGUUUCUGUUCUUAAAGCACAGGACAUUGAAGAGCUACAUCUGCAGAGCCAACACCAGCAGUGGUGGCAACGGAGACAACCGAACCAACUGUGAAGGGUACCUUUUUGAUCCCUGUGAUGCUGCAUGGUACCGCCUUUCCUUUAACUUGGUUCCUUCUGGGUUCUAUCCAGCUUCUUCCUCUGGUGGGUUGGUUUGCUGGGUUUCUGAUGAGGCUGGAGCAAAAAAUCUUAUUUUAUUCAACCCUCUAGUUGAUUCUUUAAUCCAGUUGCCCCCCACUCUAAGGCCCCGCCUCUUUCCUUCUAUAGGUUUAACAGUUAGUCCCACAUCUGUUGACGUUACCGUGGCUGGAGAUGAUCUGAUUUCUCCUUAUGCAGUCAAGAAUUUAUCCACCGAAAGCUUUCAUAUUGAUGCAGGUGGAUUUUACUCCAUAUGGGGAACCACUUCCUCCUUACCACGCUUAUGUAGCCUUGAAUCAGGUCGAAUGGUUCAUGUUGAUGGUAAGUUUUAUUGCAUGAAUUAUAGUCCAUUCAGUGUCCUAGCUUAUGAUAUGGCAGCAAAUAAGUGGUUCAAGAUUCAAGCUCCCAUGCGAAGGUUCCUUCGGUCACCAGGCUUGGUGGAGAGUAGGGGAAAGCUGAUCCUGGUCGCUGCAGUCGAGAAAAGCAAGCUUAACGUGCCAAAAAGUUUGAGACUUUGGGGCUUGCAAGAUUGUGGAACAUGGGUAGAAAUUGAAAGAAUGCCUUUGCAACUAUAUAUGCAAUUUGCAGAAGUCGAAGGUGGUAAUGGUUUUGAUCCUGUUGGGCAUGGAGAAUUUAUCGUGAUCAUGAUUCGAGGAUCGGACAAGGGACUGCUGUUUGACAUCUGUAGGAAGAGGUGGCGAUGGAUUCCAGCAUGCCCUUACCUUGGCAGCAGUGGCUGUGCCAAUAACGGAGAGGGUGCCGAAUUGCGUGGUUUAGCUUACGAGCCUAGACUUGCUACGCCGGUUAUCAGCCUCCUCAGUUGUUUUACUGGAUGAUUAAUUUCUACAAUGAUGUAGCUGGUAAUCUUUUAAUUAGUAUCUACCGUACUACUAGUAUUAAGCAUGCCACAUCUGUUAGUAUUGAGCAUGCCCCGAUGUAUGAGGCUUUUGUCCUUGCUUUCAUUUCCUGUGGCCAAUAAUGCAUGGAUUUGAAUGAAUAGAUUUCUUUUUAAAUA